UUAUCCAAGCCUAUAGGAGUUAAAGUCACCGAUCUCCUGUAUAUCGACGACCUCAAGGUUUUUGCUGCCUCCGAGAGCAAGCUGAAUCGAGUGCUGAAAGAGACUAGAGGAGCGAUGCAGGACAUCGGCCUCCACUGGAAUCAGAAAAAGUGCUCAGUGGUACACGUGAAGAGGGGAGCCCAAGUGCUAGACGAGUCUGGUAUGAGGAUGGACGAGACAACUACCAUCACGGCUCUUGGGGAAGGAAAACACUACAAAUUCCUGGGGGUGCUAGAGAACGUUCGACAGGAUGAACGGCUGGCCCUAGCUUGCGCGGCUAAAGAGUAUCUACGCAGGAUAUCUAUUAUAUGGUCCAGCCCCCUGUCUGAUUGUAACCGUGUGCAGGCAUCUAAUCAGUAUGCACUCCCGGUCCUGCGGUACCUAAUGUGGACACAGCAUUGGCCUCUAUCAGAGUUAAGAGAUGUGGACAGAGCAGCUCGGAAGAUCAUAGUUGAGAACGGUGGCAAGCACCCAGCUAGCCUGACUUCUUUGUUAUAUCUACCGAGGGAGAAAGGGGGUAGAGGCCUGCGAUCAGUCGAACACGAGUACAAGAUCACUAAAAUCAAAUCGCUACUGAAACUGUAUCAGAACCCGGACCCGACUGUGGAAGCAGUUAGAGAAUUUGAAGAACACGCCAUGGCAUCAGGCCACCAGUCGCUCGUAAAGGAAGCAGCUAAGUACGCUGAAGAACUCAACAUCACCCUUCAGCUUGAUACCCUAAAUCCCGUGUGUGUUACAACAGAUGGAAAGGUGGUAACUGCAGCAAGAGCUGGGAAUCUGUUGAAGCAAUCUCAAGAGAAGCAGUUCUUGGAGAGCGCUAAAGACAAAAAGUGGCAAGGAAAGUUAUUCCGUAUCAGAUGGGAAGAUGAGAGCCUAAGCAUAGCCAGCUGCUUUGCAUGGUUAAAGGUUAGGCUACAUGCCCUACACAUACCAUCGCGGGCAUGUAUGAACUGUAUGAGCAGUUGUUACCUACGAAGCUCUACACAAAGGAGAAGACACAAACCUCCACCGACGGCGAAGUUCUAUGCAGGUUAUGUGGGAAGGUAGCUGAGAGCGUUGCACAUGUACUGGCUGGAUGUUCCUCCCUGGCACAAACCAAGUACCUAUACAGGCAUAAUGCAGCUUUGAAGAUUCUGUUAAUGGGUUAAUGGAAGAGGUUCCACCAUGGUACUCACCAGUGAUGCCAAAACCAGCCUACCAGAACACCACGAGUGAGGCGUUUUGGGAUAUUCCCAUCUAUGCAGAGCACAACGAAGUUAGAGCAAAUCGGAUCGACGCGCGACUUGUCAACCACAAGAGGAAAGAAGUCUGCACAAUUGAAAUGAGCUGCCCAUGGAUUGAGAGUAGAGCUAAGAAAGAUGAGGAAAAGACACUCAAGUAUGGGCCCAUGAUGUGGGAGCUGAAGCAGAGAUACAAUGGUUAC